AUGGGUAACUCGCAAACGAAAGAGAGCCGACCGUCUCUCGCCGCGAAUCGCCGCAGUCAUCAAUGGGGCUCUACAAGUGGCCAUGGGAGAUCACCGUACGGCGAGAGGUAUCAUGGAGAGGGUUCACGAUCAACGCGAGGCAGCAGGCCUGAUCUCUCCAUCCUCGGAAUCGGCGGAAGCUCGGAGCGCGACGUGGCGACACUUGAACAUCGACGAGAGACCAGACAGGAACGGGAGGCUCGUCGAUUAGAGAGAGAACGUGCCGCUAGAGUCAAGGAACGGGAACGUAGUAUGCGAGAAGAGCACGUGGAUGGGGGUUACUUGGUGACGCAAGGUGUCUACACGGGCACGGAGGAUUUCAACAAAGCCGUUGUCCGGCAACUCAUGAUCGAACGACGGCUUGCCCCUUUCUGGCGAGGACUCAACGACUUCUCCGAUUCUUGGACCGAACAUCAGCUAAUGGCGGCGGCGCGCGGUCUUCCCAUUCCUCCGCCCGAUGAGAUCCCUCCUGAAUUGGAAUAUAAAAACCCUCCUAAGCCUACCGAGGAUACGAAAGAGUCAACGGAUUCGCAAGCUAUCCAGCAUCUAACCGUACCCAUAACUUCGAGAUCACAGUCUUAUGGGUCUGAUGCAUCCCAGUCGUCCAACCCAGCCCAGUCUUUACCGUCUUCGUCACCACUUGCCUCCGGCACCUCGAGUUCACCGCUGUUUCGGACAAGGGCAAAAACACUCGCGUCUCUCACCACGUCAAAGCACGGUUCCCAGGUUGACCCUGGUCCCCGGGAACUUCAGCUUCCCCGAGACCCAUUUGUCAACGGACAGCCCAUCGAAGCGUACCUCUACAAAGAUGCGGCGGAAUGCCCCAUUUGCUUCUUGUACUAUCCCCCCUAUCUUAACCGCACGAGGUGCUGCGAUCAGCCUAUUUGUUCCGAGUGUUUCGUUCAAAUCAAGCGCCCCGACCCCCAUCCGCCGGAGCAUGGGGAUGCGGACCCGAAUGCCCCGGCCGAAAAUCCCGAGGGCGACCGUGCCGAGAGCCAAGACUGCCAGCUCGUCUCGGAACCUGCAGCCUGUCCCUUCUGUGUACAGCCGGAAUUCGGAGUGACCUAUGCGCCUCCGUCCUUCCGCAGGGGGUUGGCAUAUGCUCCUGACCCGAAUUCGCGCCCGAACUUCGCAUCCCCUCUAUCAUCUACGUCUUCUCUUUCUUCCGGAAAUGCUGCGGCUGUCGUGGGCCGCCGACGCGCUACCUCGUUGUCUGCCAAUGAUCCCACCGUGAUCACGACCGACAAGGUUCGACCCGAUUGGGCCCAGAAGCUGGCAAACGCUCGAGCACACGCCGCACGCAGGUCGGCGGCGGCCACUGCUCUCCACACUGCAGCAUACCUGGUGAAUACAAACCCAAAUGGAAGCGAGUCGCGAAACUUCAGUCUCGGACGACGGGGGCGACGGGCACCGGACGCGCCCAGCGGCUCGGGUCGCACAGGCUCUCCAGCCCUGCAGGCCUUUACCUUUCUAACUGACCGCCGCGGUGCGGGGAACGACACCGACUCUAAUGAGGAGGCAUCUGGUCCUCUCGCACCGCCGCGAAACAGCUCACGACGAAAUCGCAUCGAUGACUUGGAGGAAAUGAUGAUGAUGGAGGCUAUUCGGCUAAGUCUAGCUAGCGAGGAUGAACGCCGCAAGAGAGAGGAGAAGGAAAUGAGAAAGGAAAGCAAGAGACGGGAGAAGGAAGCAAAAAAGGCCGAGAAGGCGGCGCGCAAAACUGGACUUUACAGUAACAAUGCGAGCAGCUCCGCUCUGGACGUGCCUACAGGGCUGGGAAGGGUGAUCAGCAGUUCUUCGUCCAUUACCGGCGAAGAUGCCACCUCCGGAGGCAAGGGCAAGGAAGUGGAGCGCAUGUCCAGUGAACCGACGGGUGCUGCCUCUGUCGGGCCUGUCGCUGCUACCGACGGUUCAACUCCUACGCAUGCUUCGUCAGUCAAUGUGGAAGGUCAACCUGCGGCCGUGCAGCCUUCGCCCCGAGAGCCGACGAGGCCGUCUCAUCUACGACACGUUUCUAGCGCCUCCUCGUUUUCGUCGCUCGUCGAGUCUAUGUCGGAGGACCACGCAGGGGCCAGCGACGCAAAUAAUCCUGCAUCCGAGCCAAUGUUCAAUUUUCGAAGUCUGGCCGCGGUGAUCGGGGAUGAGGAAAAGAAGGAGAAAUCCGAAUCCGCCGAACAUGUGGAAGACGCUUCUUCAGAACCGACUGCGGAAGGAUCGACCUCGUGCGUCUCUGCACCGACCUUAACACAACUGGAGGAGGACCGUCCAGUGUCGGCAUCCGCAGAGAAGGCGGAACCGGGGGCGGCCGUGGAGGAGAACGGCGAGCAUUUGAUUUCCAAGGAGCUUGAGACCCGCUCGGUCGAGCUUACGGGCACUGCAGGCAACACCGAGGCCAAGUCGUGA